CAGAGAUGGGACUUCCAGAGACACGCGCGACCUCCAGAAGCAUUCGAUGACAGGAGAGUUUCAGGAGUGUCGGCAAUAUCUAUCAUGACCAACCACACUGCACCGACACGAGAUAUUAAUGAAAACGAUGACACUUAUGUUACGAUGUCGAACACCCCGAUGCGUAAAUCUAAAGCUUACAAGAGCCUGCCCAUCCUUAAAAAGCGCACGAAUCCCAGAAAUAUCGUAGAUCACACCCCAUUGGAUGGCAUUACCUUUAAUUUCCAAGAACAGCUCGAUCUUCGGAAAACCAGCCUGGCUUCAACGAAUUCGUUCCACUCUGCCGUAGAUUGCGGCUUCCACAGUAACUCUGAUUCUUCCAGGGAGUCCGAUAAUAGUCUCUACCACAUACCGUGCGUCCCCAAACAAUUCAUGGAUACCAGCAACCAUUCGGAAGACUUGAAUUACUUGAGCGCUAGUAGAGAAUCGGACCAGAUCAGUAUUGCUUCCACUGCGUCUAGUUGUGGAUACUACCCCAGGAGGCCAGAUAGUGGGGGAGCCCCUCUUUACAUACCGAUGAACAGUUCUAGAGGAGGACAUAGUCCUGGAUCGAAUAGUAAAGUUUCGCCAACUCCUCCCAAAAAACCCCCUCGACGGAAUAUAUCUAACUCUCCAACUCUCAUCCAACCCAUGUCAAUGUCAGUCGAUGGUGUUAGCAAUAGCGCCUAUGAGUACCUCUUUCUCUCCCACACCGGAACCAGGAGCCAAGGCAACCUAAACGACUACGAUAAAGAGAACCGCAGAGAUCGCCUUGGCCAUGGAAGGAGCAUGGACCAGUACGUGGAGAUGAACGUCUUCAGCAUAGCUCUCGACGACGAGCCCGAAAGGCCCAAGAGUGAGUUGCAAAGGGGUAAGAGCGAAGACCUCGACAACAGGAAGAAGAACGAACCGAUCGCGAUCACUUCUAUGUAUGAGAAUAUUAUCAUUAAACAACAAAAUCCCAGGAGAAAGUUAAGACGGAAUCCCGAGGUGUAUGAAGACUAUGAUUUCCGAAGAAAGUGUAAGGAAGAACCUGCGGCUAGUUCCUCGGCUCCGGAGGUUAAAUUUGUGUCCAGUGCGUUUAUUAUGGUGUCCGACCCAAGCGAGGACAAGGAAUGUACUCUCAAAAAUGACAAGAAAGUCUCUGUUAAAUCAAACUUUCCCCUUUCACCAACUCACUAUAACCAGCCUCCUACUCCCGAUCAUCCCCCUCCAAGCGCCAUGCAAGCCGAAAGUGUUAUUUAUGAAAAAAUGCGUCCUCUUAGUCAGCCAAACUUAUCAGCGCAUGCAAGUUUGAACUUUACUAUAUAUAAAAGACGACAUUCGUGGCUUCAUCAGGAGUACAAGAGGAGGUCUAAAGAUAUGGAGACUGAGACGGAAGACGAAUAUCUUCUGAUUUUCGACGGAUCCAGCGGCAGUUUUUCCAGUAGUGUGUCCUUGUCGGACAGGAGUGUUGAUAAUAUCCUGGAGGAGUAUCAUUCGGAUGUUCCAUUUGCAGGCCUCAUUAAAGGUUCAACGACUAAAGUUCUCGAGAAUAUCAACCCCAACACCCCCGCUCAACGUCCCAAAACGCUGAAAAAACUGAAACGCGUCUACGAUAGCGGCAACUGCGAAGGAAUUAAAAGCGAUAACGAGAAAUCUUCCAGCUCCGAGAAGGAAUUCGAUAACAAGGAAAACAGGGAACGCGUAUCAGCUCUUAGCCCUUUCGACGAACAGGAGGAAUGGGCCAAAAUCCAAGAGAUAAUGGCGUCCUUUGGAACUGGCAUAGUGCGCGAAUCCGUUUUCGUAGCCGAGUUGGAAAAGGAGUUCCAAAGUAGGCUAAUGACGAUAAGUUGUUCGCAAAACAGUUUGACUAAAUCCGCAGAUUCCGUCUCCACGGUGGAGAAGUGGCUGCAGGGUUUGGGGAUGGGGGACUACGUCGGACUGUUCAUGACUAAUGGAUUCGAUGAUCUGAACUUUCUGAACGGUGUAAUAGAAGAGAACGACCUGAAAGAAAUGGGAAUUUCCAGCGAGCUGGAAAGACAAAUACUACUAGAUUCCAUAAAGCAUCUCCCGGUAAAAAUAAAUGACAACCCACCGAGCCUUUGUAACAAUAAUAACGAACAAAACAUAGUCAAACUCUGGCUAAAGAAAAUAAACCUGGAACAGUAUUAUGAAACCUUUGUGAAACAUUUGUAUCACGACAUGGAGAGGGUGAAAAGGAUAUGGGAUGUGGAAUUGUCGGCAGUAUUGGAUAUCGAGAAAAUUGGCCAUAGGAAACGGAUUUUGGCGAGCGUCAGUAGCGGAGAACAUAUCGUUGCAGGACCAAAACUUGAAGAAAUAAGGGAUAUCAGCUUUCUGAAAACCAACCAACCUGUGCCAGAACUGCCAUCGCCGUCAGCUAACUCAGUCAACAGCAACACAGGGACCAUCAGACAUAGACAUAAAAAGUCAAGACCAGCACCCCAACCGCCUGUGAAGAAAAACCCUGAACCCGAAAAAAAAUCUCCAUCGGAAAUCUACGUGGGAGGCGCUAAUUCUAUAAAAUCUCAAUGGCGUCACCAACCCAUACUCCUGAUAACGGGCUAUGUGAAGUAUUCGGCGAAUUAUUUGGGAUCGACACUGAUUAAAGAAUUCAAGGGGACGGAGUCAACUAAGAAAUCAAUUCAGAAAGUCAUAAAAGCGAAGGACCAUCCCAGUGAGGAAAUAUGUUUGUCUAUUUCUUAUAGAGGAGUCAAGUUCAUAAAUCCUACAGAGCAGAAAAUAAUCUGCGAACACGAGAUUAAGAAUAUGAACUGUGUCUGCCAGGAUAAUGAUAAGCAGUCAUUUUUUGCUUAUAUUACCAAGGACUGCGAAGCAUUUUACUGCCAUGUUUUUCAAGGAGUUUCUUCCGAGCAAGCGAUAGACAUCAUUCUGACUCUCGGUCAAGCUUUCGAACUCGCCUACCAAAUGGCCCUCAGAGACCAAGUGACGAGCAAGGGCAAGGGCGGCAACCGCGGUGACCACAGGCCGGCGGUCAGUCCCGGGGCGGUAUCGUCCAACAGUCGGGAUUUCAAGGACACGACGCGUACCGCCGACGUCAAACUCAACGGCCACCCUCUCAAAAUGAAACCCUUGACGCUAUCGAUCGCCGCCGAACCAGUAGUUGAGACGGCGGUGCCGCGGACCCCGACGGAACUGAGUGUUGAUCUGCAAGGGUAGCUAUAAGAAUAAUUUUUUUGUAUUUCCGCGUUGUCUCUGCCAUUAAAACUGAUCGGUUUUAGAUUUUUCAAUGCUUAAUCUGAACAGUUUGUAACGUUGUUCGAUGUGGAGGCAGUGUAUCACUGCGAUAUUUGUUGGUGCGUCGAAUUCUUGCUACGUGACGUCAGACUGAAGUCAUAUACAUAAGUUAACGAAUCGCGAGUUAUACCGAAAUAUUGUAUUUUCCAUAAAUUUGAAGUUUUAAAGUUAGAUUUUUCACUUCGACUUUCUGCCCAAAUUGAGACUCUUUCUGUUCUAGAAAUUAACUAGUUACGUUUCAUACUUGAUAAUGGAAUACAACCCGAAACUGGUCGUAAAAAUAAAAGAACUAAUGGAAAUUAGACAAAAGGGGUUUCAUUCACUUAAUUGAUGUGAUCUUGAAUUUCCACAAAAUAAACAAGUCAUCAAUUACACAAAUUCUUUCUGUUCAAUCGAAAACUUGGGUGUGUCACACCCGCAUACUAACAAUUUGAACUACAUAAAAAUAAUUCGCCAUACGAAAAAUUCCACUUACCUAGCAAAAUGUACUGGAUGUGUGUAGGUACAAUUCUUCAGUACUUUUCGAAGUAAUUUUAUCCCGACAAAUUCAUCGCCAAAUUGAUACAUACCCUUUUCUUACUGUAGCUCGAGUUGACGGUUCUGGUAUUCCAUUGUUAUAAAGCCCUUGAUUACUCGAGUCAGUAGUAAGGUUAUGGGGCUUUGUUGGAUUAUUGGCUAAUUUAUUAACAAAUUGAGACAGGUUUCAGAGCAUGUUAUGAAUUUCUGGUUAUGAACUGUUUUAUUCAUUUAGGCCCUUGGUCAUUGAUUUUAUUAUUUUUGUAAAGUUACUCCCACAAUUAUAUUCGAUUUUUUGAAUUGGAAAUUUUUUAUCACAUGAAUCGGGAUUGAAUUUUACUCAUUGGGGAUUCACCACUCAGCCUAGAUAUGAGAAUUCCUUUCUGAGUAAUUCUGACUCAUCUAAUUGGAGUUUAAAAAUUAUAUUCCCCGUUUGCAUUCCAAAUGUAUUUCUAUGGCGUAUAAUAUGUUCUAGUUGGUAAGUGUAAAUGACAGAUACUCUGGUACUAAUAUGAGGCUGAACCAAGUAGGUGCUACUUCAUGUUGGAGUCACACUCUGAGGUUGAAACGAAUGCACUUCAGCCGGAUCGGCUGUCACACUAUUUCAUUAAAACAGAUGUCUACUUCUUUUUGUGUGUGUGUCGACAAUUUCCGAUAAUGUAAAAAAUAUAAGUGAAUAGAAAGUUGAGAAAACCAACGAACCUUCAGUACUAGUUUCAUAUACCGUUUUUCUGGGAUCAUUCAAUGAAAAUAUUUCCGAGGAGUUUUUUGAAGUUCGCCUUUAUAGUAGUGAUUGAAUCCAAUCUGAAUAAUUUCAUAAAGAUAUCUAAAGCAUGUAUCAAGAAAAAAGGAAAGAGGGGGAAGAGAAAGAGAUGAAAUAUGAAGACUCCAUGACCUCCACAGAUAUCCCUCUGGGAUACCUAUCGAAUACACUUUUUCCAUACCAGAACAAAAAUACUGUCUCUCAACGACGCGUGUUUCGCUAACCAAGUUAGUAUCAUCAGUAAUAACUACAAUUGCGUAGGAUAUCAUCAAAAAAUGUUCCUUUUUGUGUCGAUAGAAGCUUUGGCUUGGUAAUCAUAUCGCACCACCUUUGCUUUUCCAGAUAUUGGUUGAAUCAGCGCUUCAUGUAAACAAAGGUAAAUACUUCUAAUAUUUCAACGUGACAUGAAAUUGGAAACUCAUCUGAGACUAUUGAAAUAUUAUGCACUCUAGUUUCAUAAUAUGUAAAAGUUUUUGCACCGAUUAAUGUUCAUUUUAAUCUGUUAAACAGGUUUACUAUAUGUAAUCGCUCUAAAACUCUAAUAAUUCUAUCUAGCCUUCAAUUGUUUCAAAGUGUCAUUGUGGAAAAUAAUUAAAAGUCAUCAUGUUCCAAGUGCCCCAAGUGAAAUCGAUUGAAAUGUUUUCAAAUCCGAAAUGUUGCCAAACAAAUGAGUGUGUAAUGUAGAACGAGCAUCUGCUUCAAAUAUAAUUGGGAUUGAACGCAUUUAUAUCGAUUGAGCUUAGUGUACAAGGCAUACAUGUGGUGACCAUGCACAGAAAAAGGAAACGAUAAUAUAAAUUCAACAAUCUUACUUUCAAAAUGCAAAUUUUAGGAUUUAUGUUGAAUAGCAGCACUUGCCUACUAUCCAUUUCAGUCGGUUGAAUAGGUCUAAUUUAUUGGUUUUAUGCAUUAAGGUAGAUAAUCAUCAAAAUUAUGUUAUCAGAUCAUAAAAACUACUACUUUUUCGAAUGACUAUAUCAUUUUGAUGGCAGAGAUAAAUAGUGGAAAAUUAUAAAAAUGGCCAAGGGGGUUAGUAUUUGAUCUCUCGAUAUAACGUUGAUAUACUCAUGAAAAAUUCAAUUCAAACGGCGAUAUAUAUGGAUAAACAGUAACAAUAACUUCGACCAAUUCAAUGAAAAAGUUUCUUUGAAUUGAUCGAAGUUAUCACUCACUGAACUUACCGAAAUGAUUAUUAUAAAAAUCCAAUAUAAACGCGACGUAGGUACUUUGAAACAUAGUGGAUGUUUGAAUCUAUUGAAAACACUUUUCCCUCACCUGAACAAAUGCCUGUCUCUUGAUGCGCUUUUCGCUUACCAAGUCAGUAUCACUAGUAGAUGCCUGAAAUCCUUAAACUGACUCAGAGAAUUUACAGAAGUUUGACCAAUUAAUUUCCUUUGGUAAUGAUGCUCUUCAAACGGAGUUAAAAAGAUGAAUUAUCAGUGUAAGUUAUUUAUAUUAUUGUAAUUUCCUACCUAUUUAUUUAUUAAUGACUUUUUGAUGAUGAUAAAAUAAUUUUUUUAUAUUUACCUGCUUUUAACCUAUAAUUAUUGGGUAAAACAGUAAACAUCGGCCUAUUUUUUUCUUAUUUCACAUUUUUCGAUUUCUAAACUUUUAAAGGCAUCUGAAAGUCGUUUGUCAUGUUCGUUUCAACUGACCUUAAAGAAGGGCCACAUAAUAAAUAAAAUAUGUUUAAUAUUGUUCGAACUGGUACAUGACAAAUAGUUUUUAGAUGCUUUCGAGAAUAUAGAAAUCGAAAAAUAUGGAAUUAUAUCUAUGAACAGUGACUGAAGUCCCAUCCUAAACAAUUCGUUUUAUUUUUUCAUAGAAUAAUUACAUGUAGAAACCAAGUAAAUAUUCGUUAUCAUAAUCAGGUAGUCAUUGAUAUAUAACCUGAUAUACCCUAACAUAACCUAACCCUUAUUAUUGAUCAGAUUUUUAUAAAACUUUAAUUCAGGUGUAGGAUGAAUUUCAUUCAUAUUGUGAUUAUGCUAACUUCAUUAGGAAAACGUGCGUUGAGAGACAGUAUUUUCUGUUCUGAUGAGGAUAGGUGGUUUUCAAUAAAUUCAUUUUAAGCCUGAAGUUACAAUUCUACCUAUCAAGUUUGAUUAUUCGUAGAUUAUUCAAUUUCUUCUGGGGAACAUCUCAAGGAUAAUGAUUUAUUAGUUUUUUACUAUUUCAUAAACUUUAAAAAAUUCUAACAAAGGGUUCAAUAAAGUAUUAAGUAGUAGUAUUUAUAUAAUAGUAUAUUAUGAAGUUCAUUUGUAAUGCAGAAGAUUAUCGUGUCUGUACUAAUUUCAUGAAUGCUAAAAUCAAGCUUCGUUACAAAUUUUAUUUGCUAGUUUAUCGUCGACAUAAUUUUUUUUAUGAAAUUUCAACCGAGGCUACUUCAAUUUCGCUUUGACAGAAAUAUAGAAGCAAUGAAGAGCCACUUAUUUUUAGCAUCUCAAAAUUAUGGCUUCAAUCUUAAAUAGUUACAGAGGAAGUUUCGUUUGCUUAUUUUAAGACACAAAUGUGUCAUUUCGCGGCACAGAUUCCACAAAGUGUCGGAUUAAUUAUUUUGAUAUUCGUUACCGUACCAUCGUUGUACUAGUCGACGAUAAAAUAGUUUAUGAUAUUUUUGAUGGAAUUGGUAUUCACUCUAAAAACGUUUUCAAUAAUACAUUCUCUUGAGAUUUCUCUCAUAACAGUUUACAGUGUCUAAUGUUGAAAUAGUGUACCGAAUAUUAUAUUUCAUACGUCCGAUGAAACUACUUAAUUGUGAAAACCACAUAAUGCGAUUUGUAAACUGUUGUGUGUGAAUUCUAUAUAAAGUCCAAUGAAAACACUUUCUACAUCUCCCACCAGAAAUGAAACACUCUCUUCAUAGAAGUAUUGAAUUUGUUCUACGUUAGAUGUGUCAGUUCUACCUUUUAUAUUUAUAACUGUGUUAGUGUGACCUUCAAACAGAUUUAUUUAUUAUAAUUUCAUAUAUAUUUU